CGAAAUAAUGGUUCGAGAACGUUCCUCUUAUUACGAUUUCUAAUUUCCAAGCGGCCAUUCGAGAAGCUUCGCAAAACCCUACCCUCCCCCUCAAUAAAAUCCUCUGCUUAAAACCCUGUCCGUCCCCAUCUCCGUCGCUGAGAGCCGUCCUCCCCUCCGAGGAAGAAACAUUUCUUCAGACCUCUCGUCGAUCAUUCCCGAUGGCCAAGCGUCUCAUUCCUUCCAUCAAUCGCGUUCUUGUUGAGAAGAUCGUCCCCCCUUCCAAGACCAAUGCUGGAAUCUUGCUCCCUGAGAAGACCACCAAGUUGAACUCUGGAAAAGUUGUAGCAGUAGGCCCUGGUGCACGUGAUAGGAAUGGGAAUCUUAUCCCUGUUUCUGUGAAGGAAGGAGAUGUAGUUCUUUUACCUGAGUAUGGUGGAACUGAAGUAAAACUCGGUGACAAGGAGUAUCAUCUGUUCAGGGAUGACGACAUACUCGGAACACUUCAUGAGUGAUCCGUCCAGCAGCUAAUAAUUAGAUUCGCAUUAUUAGCUUUAUGUUUUCUGGUUGUCAAAUUGAGUGAGAUGUAUCAUGCUUGGACUUGAAAUAGUCCUCUUAAAAACAAAAUUUUGAGAACAUGCUUAGGAUACUCUUUCAUGUCAAUUUUGAUGCACAAAACUGAAUGCUUGCAUUGAGAGCAUUGUAUGUUUAAUUGCCAAACGAAGUUGGUCUUUGUUGUUUCUUCGUACUUACAUUAAAACGGGAUACUUAUAUAUGAAAGCGGUACCGAUUCAUAUUGUUGGUUUUUUGA